AAUGUGUGAAGUGCUAAAGCUCGUCUCACUCUAUUUUAAGGCCUCUGGCAGGUGCCAUAACGGUAUGUUUGUGCAAUAACAGUAACCUCUCCUUGGGAUUUCUCAUUCUCGUUCCUGGAAAACCUGCAGUGUUUGCUUCACCCUAUCUAUCGGCAUGAAGUGUACAUGUAGCACGUAUGCAGUUGUUGACUGAUUGGGUUGUAGGUAACUACACAGAAUUCUUUUACCCCCUUUGCUCUGAGGAUAUUGGAUGACGCAGGUGUCGUCAGCAACUUUCCACAUCAAUCAUCCCUGGCUGUUCUUGGCUCUUUCAGCCUGACCAUGGCAACAAGCGGACCUAGGGCACGUUCUGGCUUCUCUCACUAUUUUUAACAGAAUUACACAGAACUCUUCAGGAUUGAGCUCAGAGCAGAGGGCUGACGUACGGAGAGGGAGGGAUGUGAGGCCGGCUUGUUCCGUCGCCUGUGACAAUAUCUUAAAUUGGUAUGGGUAAGGUGGAGUGACCAAGGCUUACACGUGACACGGGUGUGGGUCAUAUUGCCUAGAAACUCUCAAGGAACUCAACAUUUGUGUGUUUAGCUAACAGGAAGGAGUGAUUAGCAGAUCAUCAUUACGACUUCAGUCAAUGUCAUCACUUUCUCUAAGUGCCAUGCCUCAGGUCCCUUCUCUGGGACGUAGAGCUGCUUCACAUCGCUACAUCUGUACCAAGGUCCUAUUGGCUGAGGGUGAGGAGACACCCUUCACUGAGCACUGUCGCAACUAUGAGAACCAGUAUCAGGUUCUACAGACAGAGAUUCAAAAGCUGAAGGACCAGAUGCAGAAGCUGCACAGAGACCUGACCAAGCACCACUCGCUCAUCAACACGGACUCCAUGGAGGAGAUCCUAGAGAGAUCCUUGCACAUUGAUGAACAGAUUGAAGCACAGCACUCUGCCAUGCAGACCUUGAGGACCAUGUUUGAGGAGGCCUGUGAGGAGACAUUUCAGAGAGUCACAAAUGAGCAGGAAAUCUACGAAGCACAGCUCCAUGAUCUUCUUCAGCUAAAGCAGGAAAACUCAUACUUGAUGACCAUCGCACGACAGAUCGGACCGUACAUAUUGUCUAUAGCAAAAGUCAAAGAGCGUCUUGACCCCAGGUUCCAGGAGCCAAAAGAACCUGAAGAUGACCGCACUGAGACCAUGCUAAAGAUCUAUGAAGAUUGUACAGUGACCAAUGAAUCACAGCACAGUAACGAUGAGCGCUCUUUCACAGUCUGCAGCCGGGAUUCACACAGAAAUAAGAAAGCUGGAAUCUUACAGCAUGAGGCACCAAAAAACUCCGACCACCGCUGCCAAAGCAAACAAAGAAAUAUUUCCGAGACACCACUAGGCAAAGAGCUGCCAUUAUAACACCACGCCUUCAACCGACAACGUAUAGGACCUUCAUCACAACCCUAAUGUCCAGACUAAAGUACAAAACAAAUGCAAUAAUAUUAACUAAAUAUUUAGGGCUUCUACUGAAUGACUUUAGAUUGGAAGGAAAAAUGGACACUGACAGAAAUUUACUUUAAAAUGUAGAAUGAUUUUUAUUUGCCAAUAAAGUACUAUAAGUAUGAAAUACUGAAGUUGCAUUGUAAUUUUACAUGAUUUAAAGCUUUAACGUAAGUUUAAGAACAUUAAUUUAAUUUAAUUUUAUAUGUAUAGCGCUUUUAACAAUGGACAUUGUCUCAAAGCAGCUUUACAGAAACAUAUAAACACAGGAUAGAGCUUUUAAGUGUGAGAAUUUAUCCCUAUUGAGCAAGCCGGUGGAGACAGUGGUAAGGAAAACCUCCGUAAGAUGACAUGAGAAAGAAACUUUGAGAGGAACCAGACUCAGAAGGGAACCCGUCCUCAACGGAUAGUGUGAAAGUAAAAGACAGUUCAUUAUGGUUUUUAUAUGUUAUAAGUCUGUUUGUUGAACUAGUCCACUGUUCACCAACGGAGACAUUUUAGUAAAAUGUUUAUACAAUAACAGACUGUUACUGUAUAAUCACAGUGCUUACAGCUAACUGAAAUGAGUUGUUACUGUAAAUUUUAGAGUACACUCGUAUACAUUGCAUGCCAUUUACAUUUAUGAACUACUGUGAAAUUUUCUUCCUGUUUGACUUGAGUUUUGAAGAAGAAAAAAAAAGGAAUGAAGUCAUGAAACUGUUUACUGUAUUUUGAAUCAUGCGUUAGAUAAAAUGUAUAAAAAUGCGUAUUCUGGUUUGUGUACUUGGUGUACUUAAAAAUUAAGAAUGUUACAACUGGGAACAUAUUUAUUGUUUAAAUUAACUGUGUAAAAUCAAAUUGUAAAACUUCAAUGCUUAGAGUCAUAGCUCUCAAAUGUUUUAGAUGAGAAUCCAACACUGAUUAAAGUUUCUUUAGCAAAACUACACCGAUCAGCCAUAACAGUAAAAACACUGAGAAGUGAAGUGAAUAAAAUUCACUUAUCACUUAAUUAAUGAUUAUCUCAUUACAGUGGUACCUGUCAAGGGGUGGGGUUAGUUCUUGAAACUGAUGUGUUAGAAGCAAGAAAAAUGGGAAAACAUGAGGAUCUGAGCGACUUUAACGAGGACCAAAUAGUGGUGGCUGGACCAAGUACACCCCUUCAUGGCAAUGGUAUUCCCUAAUAGCAGUGGCCUCUUUCAGCAGGAUAAUGCUCCCUGCUACACUGCAAAAAUUGUUCAGGAAUGGUUUGAGGAUCAUUGCAAAGAGUACAAGGUGUUGACUCGGCCUUCGAAUUCCCCAGAUCUCAACCCGAUCGAGUAUCUCUGGUCCGAUCCAUUGAGGGCCCCACCUAGCAACUUACAGGACUUAAAGGAUCUGCUGCUAACAUCUUGGUUCCAGAUACCACAGCACACCUUCAGAGGUCUUGUGGAGUCCAUACCUCGAUGGGUCACAGCUGUUUUGGUGUUACAAGGAGGAACUACACGAUAUUAGGUGGGUGGUUUUAAUGUUAUGGCUGAUCGGUGUAAUUCACGUACAUUAAAACUUAGGGGUUUGCUGUCUUUUUGAUCUAGAACUUUAAGUUGAAUAAAUUGUGAUUGAUUGAUGAAUUUAGGGUUUUAUUUCAAUAUGAAAUAAGGAAGUAUUUGUACCUGUCUAGCUAAAAUAUAACCUAACGUUUGAUUUAUGAUAUUUAAAUUGAGUUUUAUGUGGGGAACAUUCUGCCUUGACAGCCCGUAUAACUUUGUUACUAGCAAUUUAUGUGGCUAGCUAUGGAACAGAUUUGACUUGAUACACUAGACACGGACUAUAUUUAAUUUCUGACAUUUUAAAGAAAAGUGUGC